AUGCCUAGAUUGCUAGGCUGGGGACCAAGCUCUAAACAAGACGAUAUCGAAGCGAACGGAUCGGAAAUCCGUGGACGCACAAGUCAUGUACCUGCGUCUUCAGGCUCAUCCCUGCUUCCGGGACCAGUUGCAUCUUUGGUGUCGUUCUUCACCCAGUCUACUUCUCUGUCGCUGAGGGUGGGAAGUUUUGUCGGCGGAGUCGCUCUAGACGGGGCAAGGGUCACAACACUGACCGGGUUAGAGCUGAGUCGAACCGUCAUUGAGGGAAUCCUUACAAGGGCCGGGCGAGAUGUUGCUGUUCGAAGCAGCGGGAGUCAUGGCAAGGCGGAAGCCGAGUCCAUGCUCGAGAAAAGUCUGGCUGCCUUGCACACGACGAUAACUUCCGCGUCAUUCUUUGCCGCUGCAUCCUUCCACUUCUCCUCCACGACCCUCUCAUCCGCCUCGAAUAUGUCCCAAGCACUCUUAUCGACACUCGAUGCUAUCCUUGGGUCCACGGAGUCGUCAAGAGCUAUUGCGGCUAUUAUAACCCUGAUCCGAAAGGAGUUCAGAGACCAAAGCAUUGAAAUGGGCUCAGAAAAAGUUGGCGUGGGCGAUCUCCUGGUCGGCACUGUCGGGUUCGUCAUGCUCCAGCGAUGGGGAAGGAAGAACACGGAGAGACAAAGUCGUCUCAGCGGUGGGCUAGAGUCCGUAUGGGACGUCGUGAUACUCGACAGCGGUAUACGAGCGGAUGUUCUUGAUAUGCACCAGAUACAGCCCGUGAACCGGCCUGAAAUUAGGCGGAACGGGUCGAGACGAUCUUCUUUCAUAUCUCCUGGAACCGCAGAGGAGGAAUUCGACGUGGUGGAACGUCCAGAAGGUGCAAUUGACGAUUCAGAACCGCCUUCUAUCAUCCUUCCAGAUGUUCAACAUCAUAUGUCCGACGAAGACAUUCGACUUUACAUAAUGAAGCAGCUUCCGCGGGGCUGCCGCGCGUCGAUCAAGACAGACUCUGUCACCGCGCAGACAAUUACUGUGAACGUUUACGACGAUUAUGAUGGAGAUAUUGCCGCACCGCCUAGCACCAUGGUUGUCGAAGAAAGAUUCCAUCAUGACGCCCAUGAUGGCGGCAGGGAAUCAACCGGUCCGCAGAUCCCUAAGCACACUGUCGUCUUCCGAACUGCCUUCAAUAGGUCGCAGAGUGCCGAUGUAAGGCCACCGUCGAGGCAUCUUGUUGGUACACGCGAAACGAAUCACGGGCAUGAUGACGGUGACGGUCACAUAUUAUCAGAUGACUCUGCGGUCGACGUUGGUCCAGGGAGCACAGAUGCCAGCCGAGAUAGGGAGCACAAACGUCAGAAGCUAGAUUUCGACCAAUUAAUGCAGGUAUCCCCUGUCAUACACGAUCCGGGUACCCAUACUUCACCCGGGGAACCGCCACAACCAGCUAGACGAGUUUCGGGAACUUUUGGCAGAGGCUCCCUCACGAAGUUUGCUCAAAGGGUCAAGACUGGCGCAAGCGAGAAAAACGAUCUGUUGAGAAGGCCAUCAUUACGAUUGCCUUUCCAGCAGUCCAACUCUCAAAUGACGCCCGCCGGCUCGAAACAAAACAAUAAGUCCAAAGCGGCUGCGACAGAGAAAAAGCCUUCCGUGCAGGCGCAACCAGAUAAGCCAACCCGACAGUCAAAGACAGGAAAGCCGGGCGUUCCUUCUAAGAACGAAACUUCGCUCCUCACCGCGAAUAGAGGAGUCCCGAGAACCGUACCGCAAACUCAUCGAGCACCCCAUAGCCCAAGCACAAGUAGGCAUGACAGCCGUAUGACGGGUCCCAGAGGAGACUAUUAUAGGGUGCACGAAAAGAGCCAAGAAUCUUAUAUGAUGCAAACUGACACUUAUUCUCCAACGCAAGAACUGCGGCCAUCUUCGCCCGCAGCGACAAGAGCUCCUAUUCGCAGCAGUAGCUCGUUGUCUCUUACACGGUCCGAGUCAGAAACAACCGUCAAUCUUCUUCCUGAUAAACGCCCAAACUCUGGUCAUCGAAGGUCUAAAUCUUACACGGCUAGUAUAUACUCCCUGGCAACGGCCGGAUCAGAUACAUCUCUUGUACUAGCCCAUCGGACGCGAAAAAGUGCGUACGACGAUGCUUCCACCAUCCAAGCGCUUAACAGGGACGGCCAUGUUCCGGGGAUCUUCCCCAAAAGGCAUUUCGUUCGCAAUAUCAGACGUUUCUGUCGAUUUGCGUCCGCAACCUACGGAGCUAGCGCUCUCCAGGUAAUGGGCUUACCGCGGGAGCCGAAAGACCCAAUUCGCGAUAACAUUCACAGUCAAGAGCACAACGACUUUUCCCACCACACAGGACUGCCUGCGUCUACCAUCCUUCUUUCAUCAUACGUCGAUCCUGCUGGCGGAUCCAACGCUGCUGGUGAGACUGAAAGCGGUUUUCCCCUCGUCCAUUACCUGUUCCUAGACCACGAGUCAAAGGCCGUUGUUUUGGCACUUAGAGGAACAUGGGGCUUCGAAGACGUCCUGACGGAUAUGACUUGCGAAUACGAUGAUUUGGAAUGGCAAGGGAAAAGCUGGAAAGUCCACAAGGGGAUGCAUGCCUCUGCGAAACACCUCUUGAUGGGUGGUGGGCGCAGAGUGAUGAUCACGAUUCGAGCCGCAUUAGAGGAGUUCCCUGAUUAUGGGGUUGUAUUGUGUGGACAUUCAUUAGGCGGAGGUGUGGCCGCACUUCUCGCUACGAUGAUAUCCGAACCUACCAGUGAGCCAUCUCUGGUGUCGUUCACAACCACCUCCAAAUCGGACGGCAAACUUCUUCUCAAGAGUGCUAAAGAAACCGGUGAUCCCCACGCCGCUUGCUACCUUCCUCCUGGACGCCCUAUCCAUGUCUAUGCAUAUGGACCACCGGCGGCAAUGUCACCAUUCCUCCGCCGUGCAACCCGUGGGCUGAUUACCACGAUAGUGAACGGUCAGGACGUGGUACCUUGCCUUUCUCUCGGCAUUCUGCACGAUAUGCAUACGACAUCGUUGGCGUUCAAGGGUGACAUUUCCGAGGCCAAAUCCAAUGUCCGCCAACGAGUCUGGGAAAACCUGCGUCAGAGUAUAGUAAACAAGUUUUAUGUUCACGACACGCCAAUGCUCCUUAACGCCGGCGAUGGCCUGGGGGAGGAUGCAUGGGCAUGGAGAACCCUCAAAUCUCUUAGAGAAGCCAUGUGUGCGCCCAAAUUAGUACCUCCUGGGGAGGUCUUCGUGGUUGAAACAAUGCGAGUGUUGCAGCGGAGUGCGUUUACCUCCGAUAUGGGCGAAGAUGGCUCCCCACGGCUGGGUCGACCAGCAACCAGAGUGCAACUGAAGUUCAUUCGAGACGUUGAAUCUCGAUUUGGAGAGUUGCGAUUCGGCUCUGGAAUGUUCAGUGACCAUAACCCAGCAAGAUACGAAGCUAGUCUCGUGGCUCUCACACGCGGCAUAUUGGAUGAUUGA